CUGCCAGUACACCCGGACCUCUCCAAACUGCUGCACAUGUCUUUCCUCAUGCUGUGGGAUUGUUGCUGCGCUUUUUAGGAGGGAUUUGGAGAAAGCCUGUGGGAUGGAAAAUGCUAUGGAGGAAACUGUUGAAAAGAAGACUGAUGUCAUUGUGAAGGGCGAUGCUGCACUCAAAACACAAUUCCUAACCACCAAAGACAAAUUUCAUGAGUUUGUAGACUCUGGGUGGAAAGGCCCAAAAGGACAUAAGACCAGCGAUAAUGACAAACCUGAGGAGGAAAAAGAGACAUCUGUGGAGGAACCUGAAACAAAAAAAUUCAAAGUAGACCCUGAGGAGAGGAAUAAAGUUGGUAAACGCAUUCGGGGACAGAAUAAGUCACGGCCACACACGAAGCCUAAUGCCUUUGAUGAAAAACGACUAUGUCCUUCAGUCAUUCAGGACAAUAAGGAAUGUACCUAUGGAGACAAAUGUAUCUUUCUUCAUGACGCAGCCGAAUACAUGGCCUCUAAGCUCGCUGACAUCGGGGAAAGCUGCUACCUCUACGACACAUUCGGAAAGUGUAGUUAUGGUCUCUCCUGCCGCUACGCAAAGGCGCACACCACACCUGACUUCAAAACCAUGGAGAAUGCAGAGCUAAUAAAGGCCAACGAGGGCAGGGAGACGGUGAAGAACAGCCUGAAAAAAGAGCUCCAGAAUCAACUGAGGAAGCGCUCUGUAGCCUUCAAGAAGUCAGAGGAGUACCUCAAAACACUUGCAAACAACAAAGAAAAAACACAACAACUUGGAAAUGCUGUAGUAUCUGCAGAUCCAACAGGAGGGGAGCAGCGUGUGUCUACUGAAGCAGAAACACAGGCCAGCCAAGAUAAACAGCCUCCAGUGAAGACUAUUGGCCCACUCACUGAUGAGGAUGUCAUUAAGUUGCGCCAAUGUGAGAAGAAACAGGUGGACUUUCAGGACAAGCUAUACCUCGCUCCUCUAACAACUUGUGGAAAUCUGCCUUUCCGCCGUUUGUGCAAGCGCUUUGGAGCAGACAUCACCUGUGGGGAGAUGGCCAUGUGCACCAACCUGCUGCAGGGCCAGCAGUCAGAGUGGGCCCUCCUGAAGCGGCACGAAAGUGAAGAUGUUUUCGGCGUCCAGGUGGAGGGCUGUUUCCCCGACACCAUGACAAGGUGCGCAGAGCUCAUCAACAACAACGCAGAUGUUGACUUUGUGGACAUCAACUCUGGAUGCCCCAUUGACCUCGUCUACAAGAAGGGUGGAGGCUGCGGCUUGAUGACACGCAACAGAAAGUUUGAACAGAUAAUCAAGGGAAUGAACCAUGUCCUUGACGUCCCAUUAACAGUCAAGAUCCGCACUGGUGUUCAGGAGAAGUGCAACAUAGCGCACAAACUUAUUCCAGAGAUGAAGAAGUGGGAUGUCUCUAUGAUCACAUUGCAUGGCCGAUCCAGAGAGCAGCGCUACACUAAACUAGCUGACUGGGACUACAUCACCACCUGCUCCAAACUGGCUAGUCCUGUCCCCCUUUUUGGUAAUGGAGACAUUCUGUCCUAUGAAGAUGCCAUGAAAGCAAAAGAGACCGGAGUUUCUGGAAUUAUGAUUGCAAGGGGUGCUCUUAUUAAGCCCUGGAUCUUCACCGAAAUAAAGGAGAGCCGACACUGGGACAUCUCGUCCAACGAGCGACUGGACGUCCUCCGGGAUUUCAGCAACUUUGGUCUAGAACACUGGGGCUCCGACACACGGGGGGUGGAGAAGACCCGCACCUUCAUGCUGGAGUGGCUCUCCUUCAUGUGCAGAUAUAUUCCAGUGGGCCUGUUGGAGCGGGUGCCACAGAAGAUCAAUGAGAGACCUCCAUUCUACAUGGGCAGGAACUACCUGGAGUCACUGAUGGCCAGUCAACAUGCUGGGGACUGGAUCAGGAUUAGUGAAAUGCUGCUCGGACCUGUACCAAAGAAUUUCAUCUUCUUGCCAAAACAUAAAGCCAAUGCCUACAAGUGAUUUUCGUUGAAAUAUCUAGUACUUCCAAUUGUUCUUUUGUUUGUUAUUGGCUUUAGAGAAUAAGAUUCAAAGAAAGCUAAUCUAUUGUUAUGAAUAAUAAAGGUUGGAAGAGUCUGAUUAUUGACCUGUGGUGAUGCAGUAGCAGAAUACAUGGCGUGUUUGUGUACUUGAAUAUAUGCAAUAAAGUAUUUUUUUGCCACACAA